UGAUCUUUCAAAGGAGUUUAAUAUCAUAUUCAUAACUAUUCUUAAUUACGGUUGGUAUACUGCACAGUAUCUCUCAGUGAUGAACAUCUCACCGAAACCAGUGGACCCUCCUUAAAGAGGACGGGCUAACGCGACGACAUGCAUUGGUGUGCGCUAACCCUUCAGCUCGGCUGGGGCUGAGCGUCGACCGAAAUUGGCGAUACCUUCCCAAACUAUUUCUCGAAUUCCUGCAAUAUUCUAGUUUCUAAAGGAAUUUUCAGAGAAUAUUUCCUCGUCCUUAGGGCGUGUGUCCUGUGAAAGGUAGCAAAAUGUCAUCGACAGAUUCAGGCUACUCAGCCACCGACAUCAUCACCUAUAUUGGUGUGCCUCUAGCGGUGCUUGGCGUGCUGCCGAUUCUGUACAAUACCAUCGCCACGCUAGCUGCGCUGUCUAAGAUCAAGCGCAUGCUUCGUCAUGGUCGUCUGACUGCUCUGACUCGAAGCGAUGUCGUGAAUCGGGUUAUCGAGGUAGAGCUACCGCGAUACGCUGUCACUCCAUGUGAUCGCUUCGCGGAAACGGAGCUAUAUUGGAAGCUCGCGCGACAACCGAGUUCCAUCCCCGGAGGUUCGUGGACGACUUUUAACUGGCAGGCUCGCGCCAUCGGUGCCAAGACCCAGCGUGUCGAAUAUGCCGAUCAACUCCGCCAGCCUCAAGUUGAUGUUGCAUUUGACCAGCUUGUUGCCUAUCUCCUCGACCUAGGUGCGCUUCCGGAAGCCCAUGGCUGGAAACUGUUGCGUUCAACCGGGUUAUGGACUCCGACAGGUUGCUCAUUGAUGAAAUCUCCCGAUGGAUACCAUGAUGCUUUGACUAUAGCCCCCUUAGAUGAUUCCGACGGACAUCUAUCCCUAAAAGCGAAAUGGUCGUCGGAUUGGACAACACGAGACUUUUCCUCGCUGCCUCCCUACUGGAUAAGGCUUCCUCCUCCGCCAAUAAUAGAGCCCACCGUGACGGAAACCAUUGAACCUGUCGAACCCGCGGAAGGAAGUUCUACCUCUGCAGACGAGCCCCAUGUGGAUGAUGUAGAAAAAGGUCUUGAGCAGAAAGAGAAAAGUAGCUUACGAAAGCAAUCCCUGGAUUCGGUUCAAAAGCAAGCAGAGAAGAAUGAUAGAGCGACCAUCACAUGCCAGAUAUCUGUAGAUGGCCUAAUCUCCGCCAUGAGCCAAGAAGAGGGAGCCAUCUUCUCGUCAGCAGACGUACAGAGUCUCUACAUCGAGCACCUCCGGGUCCGUGCUAGUAAGAACGACGGUGUAUGGUUCGCAAGCAUAGCGACCGCGUACGGAACCACCAGCCAGACCGUGCUAUGGAACUACAAGAUCCCCGACGAGAUUCUCAACUUCGCUAGGAGGGAUACCGUCCCGUGCGGCGUCCUAGCGGUUUUGGAUGUGGUGGAUGAUUCGCAGACACCCGAAUGGGCCACGAGCUACGACGCCGCGGAAGAGGAGCGCGAGCUAUUCAUUAGACGUAGCAAUGAACGACACGAAGCUUUUGUAUCUGAAUCACGGAUGCAACCGGCUCAGAGAGACGCGGCUGUUCGAGAUAGGAUGCACAGGGAGAUAAACCAGAGGAUGCAAGACACGCGCGACCGUCAGCGACGGGAAUACCAACGCCGCGAAACCAGGAUGUCCGAGGCGCUUCAAAGUCCCAAGUGGGAUACCAAGCUGGUUUCUCAGCAUAAUCUACGCUGGCUCCGGGAGAGAAAAGAACCCUCCACUGUCGGCGUGAAUAUCGGCGCUUCACUGGCAGUUAGAGACAUUGUCGGCAUGCUACUACACCGAAUGGUUCUCGAUGGAGAGUUUGCCUCCUCAAUCUGCAAGAUACUGGAUCUGUGGAAAGCCUGGGCGGAAAAUGGCGGCAUGAGAAGGUCUGACUUGGAGGCCCUACGUGAUAAGCAGGAACUCUUCGCUUUAGCUAGUCUUUUGGUUGCAUUAGUUAGGGAUACCGUUACGGCUCAUGAGGGCACGCUAUCUCUGGAUUUACAGGAGUGUCUGCGGAUAUGGAAGACUGUAAGGCUUGGGUGAUGGAUAUUUUGACACUGUAUAUAUACCCGGAUGAGUUAUGUGUUCUGAUUAGUGUAUAGAAUGUGCCAUAUGCGAUUAAUCUAGUAUAGUUCCUCUUUGAAUGUAUAUCACUCUUCGUCUAGGGCUUCUCUAAUG